GCACCGUGCCAAUUGCACCGUGCCAAUUGCACCGUGCCAAUUGCACCGUGCUGUGCUCUGACGUGCCAUGGCGGGUCACCCGUUGUUCCGCACUGUGCUGCUGAACUCGGAGCGUCUGGGGUCGGUGUCCCUCACGGAGCUUGGACAGGAAGCAGCAGCUGCUCUGAAAGCGGCCGGGCAAACUGUGAGUGUCUUCGAGAGCACCACUGCAGGUCUUGUCCAGGCAUCUCUACAAUCCCAGCCAGGAGCCUCGUCUUUCACAACUUGUGGAGCGGUCAGCUACAGCAAACAAAAGGCUCAUGCUGUCCUGGGCGGAGAGGUCCUGUUGCCCUCCGCAAAGCCGGAGAACGGCGAGGGCUACAAGGAUUCAAAGCGUACUUGGACAGAGACGCUUGCUCGGCUGAAGCGCAAGGAGGUUGGCUCCACUUGGUGCCUGUGUGAGAGUGGCGCUUGUGGGCCUACCUUCACCUUCCCAGAGAUCACCACAGGAUUCACUGCGAUCUUUGUGUCCGGCCCCAUUGAGCGUGGAGUCUUCCUUGAGUCGGGCCACAAUGACAGAGAAGCCAACAUGUGGAGCUACACGAAAGCGGCCCUGCAACUGCUGGCGGAUUGUGUCAAAGAUGCACAGGCCCAGCAGGCCCAGGAAAUGCCCAAGGCGCCAUUGCUGACAGCCAAAGAGGACCGCUAUGGUGGCGUUGAGGCGGUGGCUGAAGUUGGUCCAGUGGGGGCGUUUGAUGCGGAACUCCGGCAAGGCCUGCAAGGAUGGAAGUCUGCAGGAAAGAAAGGCAUUUGGCUGAAGAUCCCACUUCCGGCUGCUGCUUGCGUUGGUUCUGCAGUAGCACAAGGUUUCCGUUUUCAUCAUGCCCAAGAGGACUAUGUGAUGAUGACGCAGUGGCUUCCGGAUUCUCCAAGUCCUUUGCCAAGGUACGCCUUUACCCAGGUUGGUGUGGGCGGCAUUGUUGUGAACAGCAAGGAUGAGAUCUUGUUGGUUCAAGAGCGAGUCUCCCCGGUGCCGCAAUUUGAGGGCUGUUGGAAGCUUCCAGGUGGCUUGGCAGAUCCCGGCGAGGAUUUUGCGGAGACGGUUCUGAGAGAGGUGCAGGAGGAAACGGGCAUCAAAGGCGAACUGGAUGGAGUCGUCAGCCUGCGCCACUCGCACAACUUUCGCUUCGGACAGGAUGAUAUGUUCGUCUCAGUGAAAGUCAAGGCUACAACUGAGUCGAUCUGUAUCGAUCCGAACGAGUUGAGAGAUGCGCGAUGGAUGAGUGAGGCUGAGAUCAAAGAGCUUCUUGCAGACUCCACUGCGUCAUCGCUGGAUGGCAAGGUGCCAUCAAACCAGUGGAAGGUCAUCGAGAAAGCCCUCCACGGCUCAAUGAUUGAAGGAACUGCUCUGCCAAACUCAAGAGGUGGGAAAAUGUCCAUGCUGUACACGGGGCCUGCACUGAAAUAAUUUGCGUUUUCCAUUCAGAUGCACCAAUUUUCUCUCGCGGACAAACUUUUUCACGCCUCUGCGAAGCAGAGAUCAGGGCCUGAGCUUCUGGGUCUCGAGCAACGUUGAGCGGCCCUUCGUUUGUGAAAA